CGACUGGAACACGGCUUCGGCCAAUUCUGGACUUAUUCUUGUAGGCCCACCGUCCCGUGCCGCCCGGCCGGGUCCCAGUCAAGGCAAGCUCCAGCAGGGCCAUCCGACUCUCUCUCUCCCCCCCCCUCUCUCUCUCCUCGUACAGAGCAGGCACGCGCGGAGAAACGAAGUACAAAAAUGUCGGGCGCACUCAAAUCGCUCAUCAACGGCGCCAAGGCAUUGGCCAUUGGCCGCUCGGGCAGCAAGGCAAGAAUCGACGAGUUGUUCCCCAAGGUGAACAAGGCUGUCGACGGCGAGGACUGCGACCGUGACUGUGAAAGCUGCUCGGUGCAGUACCCGAGGGGGUUCAAGAUCGACGAGAGCGACGACCUGUAUGGCUUUGUCAAGGGCUGGAGCACCCACGUGCUAGUGGCGACGGGCAAGACGGACUGGGUGCGCGAUGUGGCGAACGAGAAGGGCAGCGUCAUGCAGGCCAUUGCCAACACCAAGGGGCCCACGAAUGGGCGCCUCAUGCUCUCGGCCUCCAACAUGCCCACGCCGCACAACACGACCUCGUACUCAGAACCGACCACCGUCCUCCUUCUCCCAGCCUUCGUCCUCAUCGACAACGUCACGCCGGCCACGGUGCCCACUCUCAUCGACUCCAUCGUCUCCCAGGCGCCCACGACCACCAGCCCGCUCCGGCCCUUCAGCCUGCCGCGCUCCCUGCCGGCCCCGCUACCGGAGAGCACGCCGGCGGCGAUCCGGGACCUGACGACGCGGCCGUGCCCGCACCGGGCGCUGAUCCUGCUGUGCAGCCAGAAGACGCGCGACGCCCGCUGCGGCCAGUCGGCGCCGCUGCUGCGCAAGGAGUUCCAGCGGCACCUGCAGCCGCUCGGGCUCUACCGCGACCUCGACGACGAGCGGCCCGGCGGCGUGGGCAUCUACUUCAUCAGCCACGUGGGCGGGCACAAGUACAGCGCCAACGUCAUCAUCUAUCGGAGGGCUCGGUUCGACGAGGAAGGACCGGGAGGGCAGAAGAAGAAAGAAGAAGAAGAAGAAGAAGAAGAAGAAGAAGAAGAAGAAGAAGAAGAAGAAGAAGAAGAAGAAGAAGAAGAAAAGAACAAAGAAAAAGACGGGAAGAGCGAGAACAAAGAGGGACGAGAACAGGAAGAGGGCGACCUCGGGGCGGCGCAGUGCAUCUGGCUUGCGAGGGUACGGCCGGAGGAUUGUGAGGGGAUCGUCAAGUUCACGGUGCUGCAGGGGAAGGUGGUGAAGCCCGAGAGGCAAUUGCGGGGCGGGUUUGAUCGGGAAAAGGGUCUGUUGAGCUGGUAGUUUACCUUAAAUCAUGAUAUCAUGACCGAUAACUAAGGUACCUCACUGCAUCUUCCGUUGUAGUUCAGCUCAAGUUGCUCAGACAGGCAAAUUGGCUGGAGAGGCUUGCUUCUCUUCGUCUCUCGUUUCUGCUUCUCUCUUGUUUUUUAC